AUGGCGACUAGCGCAGCCAGUGGUGCGACCAAGGCUACCAUCGGCGGGAGGUGCCUGCCUCCAGCUCCCGUGAACUGCGCCGGGAUCGUUGUCGUCGGUGUUGCUGUCGCUGUCGUCGGCGUCGGUGUCAGCGCCGUCACCGUGGUUGGCAUCCCGGGCGGCGUGACCGUGCUUGAUACCCUCGGCGGUGUCACUGUGCUGGAAGGCCUGGGCGGCGUCACUGUCUCAUUCAAUGGUGGGAACAUCGAAGUCAGGAUCGUGGGCCUAGUUAUCGUUCCCGGUGGGCUUCCAGUGCUAUUCGUUAGAGUCAUCGUCGAAUGCGUCGUUGUCAUUGGGGGUAUUGUCUGGCUGAACGUGCUGUUCGACGCCGUGCUAGUGAUUGUGGGAGGGCCUUGUCCCGAAGGAGGCACUGGUGGUAUGGACCCGGUGAACGAGAGACUUGUCGUCAUUGGUGGUGUCGUGAUCGAAGCAGUAGCCCCACCCGUGAUUGGUGCUUGA